AGAAUCUCUCUGUUUGAUUUCUUAUUUUGUCAAUUUACUUGUUGCCGUAAUUAACGUGGGAAGAUGACUGGAGACUCUUCCGGCGCGGGAGAUGGCUUGAUGAUGGGGACGCUGAGUACUCUGGAUCGUGCCAAGAUUUUAGACGUUUUGAGCGGGAGUGAAGGGUUCUGUCAACACUGCCAAACACUCUUGCAGAGUCGCAUUCACACUCUCAUUCAUGGAAAGUUCAGUAAACCAUUAUCUGUAUCAAAUGAAAAUGGCAAAUGUUCUGCAGAGGUGCUGUCAGAAAAAUCUUCUAGGUUGAAUUUAUCAGAUACAAGUCCAGAAGAAUCUACAAAGACAACAUCAUGGCGCUCUGGCCAAACUCCAAAAUCUGUUCACUCAGGGAGAUGGACCAAAAACAACCCUGAAUCGGUUUGCUCAGGAACUGGGAGAGGAUCUGUUGAUGAAUUGUCCGAGGAGCAAAAAGAGCAUGUUAGGUUAGCUCAAAUUGGGAGUAGGAAGGAUUUUGUUCAUGUGGAGCGGGUUAAUGGAAAGGCAACAAACGUGCUUCGAGGACUUGAGCUUCACACAGGAGUGUUCAAUGCCGAGGAGCAAAAGAUGAUUGUGGAGUGCGUCUACAGUAUACAGCGCAAGGGGCAGAGUGGUCAGCUUCGAGCGAGAACAUAUUCGGAACCACAUAAGUGGAUGCGAGGUAAAGGGCGCGUGACAAUGCAAUUUGGUUGCUGUUACAACUAUGCACUGGACAAAAAAGGGAAUCCCCCAGGUAUAGUUAGAGACGAGGAGGUUGAUCCUCUACCUCCCCUAUUCAAGGAAAUGAUCAGGAGGCUGGUCAGGUGGCAUGUUUUGCCUCCAAGCUGUGUUCCAGAUAGUUGUAUAGUGAAUAUCUAUGAUGAAGGGGAUUGCAUUCCGCCUCAUAUUGAUAACCACGACUUCCUUCGACCCUUUUGCACUGUGUCGUUCUUGUCAGAGUGCAAUAUCCUCUUUGGUGUAAAUUUGAACAUUGUUGGCCCGGGGGAAUUUGCUGGCCCGAUAUCUAUACCUUUGCCACUCGGGUCGGUGCUGGUUCUAAAUGGGAAUGCAGCUGACAUAGCGAAACACUGUGUUCCGGGUGUCCCGGCAAGAAGGAUCUCCAUCACCUUCAGGAAAAUGGAUGAGAGCAGACGCCCGUACAGCUACUCACCGGAUCCAGAUCUCAUGGGGAUAAAGCCACUUGGAAAUCAUUCGUCAACCAAGUUCAAGUUGCCCUUCCAGCAAGAGGAGUGGGAGAAGAAAACAACCAUGAUGGGUCGGAAUGCCUCUAUGAUUGACACCACUACUACUACUAACACUAAUAGUUAUAGUCAUGGUGAUUUCCCUCCACUUGGGAGCUCCAACCCUGGGAAUAGGCAGAGAGGCAAGAGGAAGUAGGAGUAGUUUGAGACGAUGAUGAGCCGUUGUUGCUGCUGGUGAGAGUUUGGAGAUCAGCUAUCU